UUUGGACACUUUACCACUUUAUUCGUCGUCAGUGUUUUCAUCCUUAUCCUGUGACAUGGAAGUGAUUUCCGGUACUAGGUCUUCUUCAUCGUCCUCGUCGAGGUUGAAUCCCGAUGCUCCGAUGUUCGUGCCGCUCGCUUAUCGGACAGUGGAGGAUUUCUCGGACGAAUGGUGGGCCCUUGUUCACACCUCUCCGUGGUUUCGCGAUUACUGGCUCCGCGAGUGUUUUCAAGAUCCCCAAUACCAAAACGACACUUACGAUUUCGAGUUGGACGAAGAUACCCUCUUCCAUCUCCACCAACUAGAACAUCCUCAUCAUGAAGAAGUCGGAAGGGAAGGGAAGGAGUUGGUGUCGUUGGGAGUGCUGAAGUGGCGUUCAUGUGGGGAUUGGGCCCAAGUGCCGAGGUAUGCAGAAAAGGCUCCCAAGCUUGUCAAGCCCAAGGUGAGCCCACGGGCUAUUCAUCAGCCCAGGUAGACGAUACGCGUCGGUGGGUUAGGUGCCGUUUAUGUACAUACAUAAAAAGUGUGAUGCGCUGCGCCUCCAGAGCUUUCUUCACAUUUCUUGUUUCGAUUUUCAAGCGUUGCUUUUGUUCUAUAUUAUAAACUCAAUUUCUUUAACAAUGACAAUUUCUCUCCUUCUGUAAGCGUUACAGAUCUCAUUAUCUGCAAGGUCUUAAGUUCAUUUUUUAUUUAUUUAUUCAAGAUGUGAGGUUUCGCAAAGAGAUAACCAAAGCGCCAAAUCCACAACUUCUGUAAAUAAUUAACAUUUUUCUUCUGAUGAGUGACUGUCCUUAAGCCGAAUUAAUUGACAAUUAUCUGAGUGAAAAUUGGUGAAGUGCUCUUUUAACUU